AUGCGCGUAUGCUGUGGUACCACGACCAUGCUAUUGAUCAUCAUCGCUGAACGCUACGAGGUCGUUUUCGACUUUGCUCCAUUUGCAGGUCAGAAUAUCACACUAAGCAAUGCCAGAAAGGUCGCUGCCGAUGAAGACUUUCAGGAGACAGACAAGGUGAUGCGCUUCGUUGUGUCCACAACACCUGUGCAAGAUUCCAGUCGUGUGCCGGCAGCUUUGCGUACAGUGCCAUUCCCGCCGCCUGUAGAUGCUGCACAAGUGAACCAAAGCUUUGAAUUUGAGCGGAAGAAUGGCCAGUGGGAAAUCAACGGUGUCAACUUCAAUGAGGUCGAUAAACGCGUUUUGGCUAAUGUACCGCGUGGAACAGUGGAGGUCUGGGAGCUCAAAAACGGUGGUGGCGGAUGGAGUCACCCCAUACACGUCCACCUGGUCGACUUCAAAGUCCUGCGGAGGAUAAAUUCUAAGCGCCCUGUCUUACCUUACGAGUCACAGGGCUUGAAAGAUGUCGUUUGGCUUGGUCCUGGUGAGACUGUCUACAUCGAGGCACACUACGCUCCCUGGGAUGGUGUCUAUAUGUUUCAUUGCCACAAUCUGAUUCAUGAAGAUCAUGCAAUGAUGGCCGCUUUCAAUGUAACAGCUCUCCUGGAUUUUGGCUACAAUGAAACGCAUUUUAUCGAUCCUAUGGAAGGCCGCUGGCGCGCAGAAGCAGCAACAGCUGACAAAUUCACUACGCAAGCUAUCACAGCCAAGAUUCAAUCCAUGGCAAGACUUCAACCGUACAAUAACGUUGACGAAGUGUUCCGUAAACUUGACGAGUAUUGGGCAACCCAUUCCGUCUCAAAACGUGACGAUGUCAAAAUACAAUCUCUGACGACAUAA